AUGAUGCAGUGUGUUGCUGCUGGGCACCAGAUUGUUGCUCUAGCCAAUUUAAGACCUGCCAAAAACACAGGGCAGACUGAUGAAUUGGACAGCUAUAUGUAUCAGACAGUAGGACACCAUGCCAUUGACCUAUAUGCUGAUGCAUUGGAUUUGCCACUCUAUCGUGGUAUCAUAAAGGGUACCAGUGUAAAUACUGGAAGAGUGUAUAUCGCAUGUCAGGAAGAUGAAGUUGAAGACCUUUACCGCCUCAUGAAACUUGUUAAGGACAAAGAAGGAGUGGAGGGUGUAUCUGUGGGAGCCAUUCUUUCUGACUACCAGAGAGUUCGAGUUGAAGAUGUUUGCAGAAGGCUUAAUCUUCAGCCUUUAGCUUACCUUUGGCGUCGGAACCAGGAAAUAUUGCUUAAAGAAAUUAUAUCAUCUAACAUUCAAGCCAUAAUCAUAAAGGUGGCAGCUUUCGGUUUAGAUCCAGAUAAGCAUCUAGGAAAAACUUUGGAUCAAAUGGAGCCUUAUCUUUUGGAGCUUUCUGAGAAAUAUGGAGUCCAUGUUUGCGGAGAAGGUGGAGAAUAUGAAACAUUCACUCUGGACUGCCCUCUAUUUAAGAAGAAAAUAGUUGUAGAUUCAGCCAAGGUAGUUGUUCAUUCGGCUGAUGCAUUUGCACCUGUGGCCUACCUUCAUUUUUUAAAAUUACACCUGGAGAAUAAGGUAGAAUCUUCAGAUACAUUUAUGGUCAAUAGCUGUUCUUGUGAGGUAAGCUGCAAUGAUGACGAUAUUUUCCCUUCGUCAGAAGAGGACGACCCACAGAAAAACAUUCCAGUCAUCUGGAAGUCUUUGAAACAUAAUUCUUUGGAUUUCACUGAGACGUUUGGAAGCUCAGGAAAAUCCCUGAGUGGUUACCAGUGGUUUUCCGGUAUCACUGCCUACUUCCUUCCAUCAAAAAGCAAAAAUGCUCAAGAGGCAGCAAGGGAAGCAUUUUCUUCUCUCCGAGCUAAUAUGACUUCUGAGGGAUUGAAACUGAAGGAUAUUAUUUUGGUUCAUCUGUAUAUGAAGAGCAUGAAGGAUUUCAAUGUUAUAAAUUCAGUUUAUGUGACAGAAUUUGAUUUGUGUCCACCAGCAAGAGUAUGUGUGGAAACCCUGCUACCUGAUGGAGUACUGUUUUGCAUUGACUGCCUUGCACAUAAGUAUGACAUUGCAAUGGAUGAUGUGUUACGUGAUGAAAAGCUGGUUAUGCAUGUACAGAGCAUUUCCCACUGGGCACCUGCUAGCAUAGGACCUUACAGUCAGUCCAUCAAGGUUGGAGAUGUUCUCUACUGUGCUGGACAGAUUGCUCUAGUACCUUGUACGAUGCAGCUUGUUAGUGGUGGCAUAUGGACUGAGGCCAUAGUUUCCCUCCGUCAUGUUGAGCGAGUUCUUCAAGCUAUGAGCCAGAAGACUGCACUCCACCACGUCAUCACAGCCAGCUGCUAUGUGACUGACAGCAAGCACAUUCCUAUUGCUCGCUCUAUAUGGCAGAAGAAAUUAAGAGAAUGUAAAAAGGUUGAAGAUUCAGAGAUGUAUCAUGAUGUAACUGCAGUGUGUGGGUUGCUUGCUGUGGUUGUAAUAUCUCACCUACCCAGAGAUGCUGCCAUUGAAUGGCAUGUUGUUGCAGUAGUUGAUGAUCCACUCCAAAGAAAACAUUUUGCAAUGAAGAUGUUGUCAGAGGGCUUCCAAAUUGAGUGUGAAUCUGUGGAGUCUAGUUCUGCUUCUUGUGCAUCAAUCUCUGUACGUCUAAGCUUGAUUUCACCAUCCGCUUCUCAGCUUGAUUUAGAUGGACCUCUUCAUGACUUAGUUGCUAUGUUUAGACAAGCUGCUGAGAAACUUUCAGAAGACUGCAGUGCAAGUCCUUUGUGUUUUAGAGCUUUCUUCAAGGAGGAUGUCUUUGAUGCUGAAACACUGCAAACAGGACUGCAAGAAUACCUGGAAAAAUGUUUGGGCAAGAAGACCCCAGCUCUGAUCUUAGUACCUGUGGUGGAUUUACCUGGCAAGGAAGUUAUUCAUAUAACAUGCUGGCUAAGCUAGCGGUUUAGAAGAGAUGAGUUGAUAUCAAAACACGCAUUCCAUCCAGGAAAGAACAAAGGAAGGAAUUGGUCAUAACUGUGUUGGAUACUUUCAUUAAGCAAUAUUGUUCGAUUUAAGUCAUAUUUAGCUUGUUAAUGAUGCCUCAUGAUAUGUGACAGUCAGCUUUGUAUGAACAAUAAAGGUUUCUUUUC